GCGCGCGCUGUUCAAAACACAGAGCGGUCUCGCGCGCAGCAGACACAGCCCAACCGCCAACUUUAAAUUAACUUUAAAUUAACUUUAUAUUCACUUUAAACCAACUUUAAACCAACAUUUACGGGUUUAUUUACCACGACACAACCGUGCUCGGUGAGGUUUGUGAAAGAUGAUGCCGACUACCACCAGGAAGAGAAAGCUCUCCUCUCUGGACUCUGACAGUCACCCGGCCAAGAAGGGAGUGAGGGAGGAGAUGUCGCCCGUGAAGAGGAGAUCCCCCCGGAAGAGGCCAGUCGGUCGCCCGGAAAAGGAGAACUGUGCCUCGCCACAGAAAUCCCCACGUAGACCUACAGCUGUAUCACCCUGUAAGUCUCCCUUCAAACCAUCCAUGGUUACGAGCUCCUUCUAUGGCAAGAAGAAGUCCAUCUAUCUCACACCACUAGAGAGGAAGGCGAUCAAGGAGUCUCUGCCGUCUCCUCCGUCUCCCCCUCCUCUUCCUUCCCCUCCUUCCCAGGAGAAGAAGAAGACAAAGAAGAACGUUAAAGGAGUCAGAAAGCCAAAGAAGGCGGCUGCGGGGAAGAUGACCAUCCACAGCUAUACGACCGCUUCAAGGACGAUAAAACUGCCUAAACUGAACAGCAGCAGUAACGCUGCCAAACCGCUGCCUACUGUGACGGCUGCUCCCGCCGGAAGCACCAAGCCGACAGAGUCCAAGAAAGCGAUCACCAUCACUUUCAGCAGCCUGAAGCCCAAACCCAAGAUCUUUGUAGGAGCCGCUUUCUUCGGGACGGGGAAGAAACCGACGUCCAUGUACAAGAAAUCUGCACCAAAAUCCUCAACCAGGCCGGCUUCAGUCCCGGUGAAGAACAAAGCCGUCCUGCCACAGACAAAGAGUGAGAAGUCAAAGCCGCCUGCUCCCACGAUGAGCCAACAGCAGAAACCUCCUGCACAGACCCUCGUCCAGCAGGUCGAGGCAGAAGAGAAGCAGCCGAUCACCAAACAGAGACCAAAGUUUGAUCCGUCAGACUGGAUGGACGAGCAGCCUGAAACUCCACAGCAGCCAUUAAGCUCUCCUAAACUGCUGUCAGAGAAAUACGGGAUCACCAGGCAGCUGAGGAUUGUGUUGACAAGAAGUCCAACCUCGAGUUCUGCAUCCAUAGAGUCCCUCAUUACCCGGGAUGUUUCUCCGACAGACGAUGUCUCUGAGCCCGUCUUUGACCUGAGUGAUAUAAGUCCCACCGGUGCUGCUGCCAGCCCACCCAAAGAAUCUGCAGCGGUGUAUCCCAUCUUUGGCUCCGCCUCCAAGAGGUUAAGGAAAGCUCUGCAGUCCCCAGUGUCCUGCAGCACCCCCUCCGGCCAGACAACGUCACUGCAGACUGUCUCUUCAGCCAAAGAGCGAACUGUUCGCAGGAGGAAGGAGAAACAGGACGACGACCAGCUCAUCAUCGACGCAGGCCAGAAGCAGUUCGGAGCGACGACCUGCAGCUCCUGUGGGAUGGUGUACAGUGCCGACAACCCAGAGGACAACUUCCAACACAACCAGUUCCACCAGCGCUUCCUCGACUCCAUCAAAUUCGUGGGCUGGAAGAAGGAGCGGGUGGUGGCCGAGUUCUGGGAUGGAAAAAUCCUCCUCGUCAUGCCAGACGAUCCCAAAUACGCCAUCAAAAAGGCUGAGGAGGUGCGGCGCGUAGCGGACAACGAGUUGGGUUUCCAGCAGGUGACUCUGAGCAGACCCACGCAGGCCAAGACCUACCUCUUCAUCAACACCGAGCGCAUGGUGGUGGGCUGUCUCGUCGCUGAACCCAUACGUCAGGCCUACAGAGUCCUCGAGCAGCCGGACCGACACAAAGACAUGAUGAAGGACGACUUCAUGGAGCGACACCGAGCCUGGUGCUGCUCCACCGUCCCAGAACAAGCUCUGUGUGGGGUCAGUCGGAUCUGGGUCUUCAGUCUGGCCCGACGGCAGAGCAUCGCCACGCGCAUGCUGGACACUGUCAGGAGCACCUUCAUGUACGGCAGUCACCUCACCAAGGAAGAAAUCGCCUUCUCUGACCCGACGCCCGACGGCAAACAGUUCGCCACCAAGUACUGCGACACGCCGACCUUCCUCGUUUACAACUUCAUCGCGUGAAGAGCUGAACGAAAGACGUGGAUUAAAGAAACCGUUUUAACUGACGCAGAUUAACAGAUCUUCAGGUUCUCGGAUGCAAAGCAAUAACUGUUGAGGUUUUAAUGUUUAGUUUGUGUUGAAGAGAGAGAGAGAGAGUUCAGUAGGUGUAGAGUUUCUAAAAGUUCUCGCUCAGUAUUUAUACUCGGUACGGCUCUACUGCUGCAGAUGUUUGUAUAUUGGCAGUGCUUUCUAUCCAGAUGUUUAUAUUCUGCUUUACAUUUCACAUGUUCUGAGUAUCGUUUGCUUUGAUGUUAUUGGAGGAUCAUUUUGAUACGUUGAUGUAAAUGUUCAGGUUUUUUUUUUUUUUUUUCAGUUUUCUGGACGAUUUUGAAGGAAAAUAUGUUGAUAGACGAUGCCGUCAUUGUUUAAAGGCAUUCUUCUUUGUAAAUACAGUUAAUAAACACAUUGCCAUUGUUUUAUGAUCCUAAA